AUGGAUUCCACCAUUUCUGCAUCUUCUUCUUCCUCAACUUCAUUAAUUUUUAUUUUCCGUGCGCCUACGGGAGCCCAACACCAAAGUGGAAGCUUAGAACAAUUUUACGGUAAAACAAGUGAAGUUUGUGUUUCUCCCGGUGGUCGAUUCCCCCCAUUUUCAAAUGUAGGCAAACCACCCAAGAAAGCAAGCAAAGGUCCCAGAGAUCUUACACUUUGUAGGGUUUUCCGCAAAAAGACAUGCUGCGAUGUAACUCAGACACACCCUGCUUUGCUAUCCGUCAGGAGACUUGCAUCAUCUGGAGAAGCUAGCCAAGAGUGCUUGCAGCUAUGGGAAUUCUUGGAGUGUUCUAUCUGUGAUCCAAGGGUGGGGGUACAGCGAGGACCUCCUAUCAUCUGUGGCUCAUUUUGUGAUAGGGUUUAUGAAGCAUGUUCAACAGCCUACUUUGCUAUGGAUGGAAAGACACAGGCACUAGCACCAUGCAGCCAAGAUGACUUUGUUUGUGGUAGAGCUUCAGAGUGGGUCUCUAAUGGAACUGAGCUCUGCAAUGCCGCAGGUUUCUCUGUCAAGCCUCUCGAUGAUCCUGAAGAAUCACGGUGCUAUGGUGGGAAGGGUAGUCUAGAUUAUAUUGCAAAUUCCUGGAAAUCUUCACGUUCUGAGAAUAUACGCGGAGAACAGAAUACAGAGGUUGUUCAAGAUUUUAUGCAAUUGAUAGCUGAUAUGCCAUUGAGCGAGAGUAUUUCUUGGGCUGUUGGAGGAAUGAUACUUACAGCUGGACUUAUAUUUGCAAGUAGAAGGAAGAUCCGUGGUCAACGGCGGACGCAAGCAGCUAUCCAGGGCAGUGGUAGGAGACUAGGAACUAGGAUAAGCCCCCCUGCAUCCCCUGUUAGCCAAGGGAACAGAAAGACUGUUAGAAAAUGAGUGCAAAGCAAAGCAUAUCUGUAUAUACUUUUCCUUUGUUACAGGGCACUCGUACUAACUCGAAGUGUGAUUAUUACAUGACUUGAAGGUCGUCUCGCCACCAUCCUCCUGGUUUAAAGGAAUCAUAUUCUGAAACAUGGGACCUAUUCACCUGAUUCGUGGCAACGAGAUUGGCCUUUAUGAUCUUUGGUGUAAUAUGUUGAGCUUUGUUCAAUAGAUUAUGGGUGUCUUACCAAGCCAAUGUUUUUUCAAGUGACAUUUAAGUGGAUGAUGCUGAUGCACUAAGUUGAGAAGUUUUGUUUUAUAACAAAACACAAUUCCACUC